GAGUGCGCCGCCGCCGCCGAGCGCUCGCCGCUCCUCUGCGCUCCUGCAGGCUGCGCUUUCCCUGCUGCCCCAGGCGGCGCCCGGCGUCCGGCCGGAGCGCAGGCGGCACACCCGGCCGGGCUCGGGCGGUGGCGGCGUGAAGCCGAGCGCGUGUCCCGACAGUGGAGGGCGCCGCGGAGGCCGGGAGCCGAGGCGCGGUCCGUUCCCGAGCGCACCCAGUUUCUGCGGAUCAGGAGCUAGACCACGGCACCUUCCCUUCCUCCCAGCUCUGCCUCCUUCUGCAGAACGGAGCUGGACAGAACUUUGUUUUGCCUUUUACUUUGCGGGGAGAGAAGCAGACGAUGAGGAGGAAAUAAUGAAUGUCAAAGGAAAACUGGUUCUGUCAAUGCUGAUUAUCUCAACUGUAAUUGUGGUGUUUUGGGAAUAUAUCAACAGAAGCCCAGAACUCGGUGACGGCGGCAGCCCGCAGGGCUGGUGGUUUCCGAGCUGGUUUAACAACAGGACCCACGCUUACCGAGAGGAAGAAGAAGACACAAACAAAGAGAAGGAAGACGAAGAGCUUCAGCUGUCAGACUGGUUUAAUCCACAGAAACGGCCGGAGGUGCUGACAGUGACCGGAUGGAAGGCACCAAUUGUGUGGGAAGGCACUUACGACAGAGCCAUCUUGGAAAAUUACUAUGGCAGACAGAAAAUUACUGUGGGUUUGACGGUUUUUGCUAUCGGAAGGUACAUUGAGCAUUACCUGGAGGAGUUCUUAACAUCUGCCAAUAGGCACUUCAUGAUUGGCCACAGAGUCAUAUUUUACAUCAUGAUGGACGAUGUCUCCAGGCUGCCUUUGAUAGAGCUGGGUCCCCUGCGUUCCUUCAAAGUGUUCGAGGUCAAGCCUGAGAAGAGGUGGCAAGACAUCAGCAUGAUGCGCAUGAAGACCAUCGCGGAGCACAUCACGGCCCACAUCCAGCACGAGGUCGACUUCCUCUUCUGCAUGGACGUGGACCAGGUCUUCCAAGACACCUUUGGGGUAGAGACCCUUGGCCAGUCAGUGGCGCAGCUACAGGCCUGGUUUUAUAAGGCAGAUCCUAUUGAUUUUACUUACGAGAGGCGGAUGGAGUCCUCAGCAUUCAUUCCGUACGGCCAGGGGGAUUUUUAUUACCACGCAGCCAUUUUUGGAGGAACACCCAUUCAGGUCCUAAACAUCACCCAGGAGUGCUUCAAGGGCAUCCUCCAGGACAAGAAAAAUGACAUAGAAGCCAAGUGGCAUGAUGAAAGCCACCUAAACAAGUAUUUCCUUCUUAACAAACCAACUAAAAUCUUAUCCCCAGAAUAUUGCUGGGAUUAUCAUAUAGGCCUACCUUCAGAUAUUAAGACUGUCAAGAUAUCUUGGCAGACAAAAGAAUAUAAUUUGGUUAGAAAUAAUAUCUGACUUUAAAUUGUGCCAAUAGAUUUCUGAAUUUGGGAGAGUAUUCUGGCUACUUCCUCUGAAAAGUAACAUAAUUUUAACUUUAAACAAUACUAACAAGACACCAACCCAGCAAGUACAUACUAUUCCUCCUUGUAACUUUGAGCUUUGUAUUAUGGGAGAAUCAGAUGUAAAUUCUGAAUGAUUUCUUACCUAUUCUGGGUUUGGGAGAAAUACUAUCAGUCAAAUAAAAAAAAUUGUCAUAGGCGAAGAAAAAGCCAGAAGCGUUCUACACGCACCAGAUAAUGGACUGUAGAAAAGGGUGCUGACUCUGGAGCAACACGGGUUGCUUUGCAGCAGGGGAGCUGGACGUGAGGACGCCGUCCACGUGGCAGUCCUCAGAUGGUUUCAUAGCAGGCGGCUUCAGGCCAUGUGUAGUCCUUUCCUUUUCUCAGGAUAUCUGGCUUCUGUGGAAAAGACUGGUUGAGACUCCCAGUGGAUAGCACGGUGGUGAGUUUUGGAGUCCCAGAGAAUGUGAAGAAAGUGAACACAAAGCGUCAAAGUGAGUUUGCUGUGAAACAGCGGAGAGAGGGUGGGAAGAGAGGGAGGCUGAUUACGGCUGGGCAGUGCCACCUCAGAGGAGCACGGGACACGGGUUGGCACUUAAAUGCAGCACGCGUGGGCCCAGGCGCUGAACGGGAGGGGCGACGUGGAUGGUCUGCAGCCUCCCCCACCCCAUGACAACUAGAGCAGAGAGGACCUGCACGGAAGAUGCUUCUGGUUUUGCCCAGGUCAUGUUCCGUCUGCCAGAUUCUGUAGCUCGUACCUUCAGGUUCUCGGCCAGAAGACAUGGACAGUGUCAGAGAAGACAAAGGCCCGCAGUGGACUGAAGAGGCUGGUGAGGAGUUACAUUUUCCCACACUCGGGCCUCAUGACCAUCAGUCAUCAGCAAGUCCUGCUGCCACUUGCCCUGACCUUCAGGGUCCCUCAGCCUAUCGUGCCCCACCUGGAGGGCUACCAGCAGGAGUGGACUGGAGGAGAAGCCCUCCCAUCGAGCAACCUCAUUUUCCCCUGAGCCGCUGAGGUGCAACAACAGCUAGACACAUUUCAUAAAAUGGUUCAUUGAUUUUGUAUCAAAAGCAGAGACCCAUUCCUCAUGACUGAACAGCUUACCAUUCAAUUCCCUUCUCUAAGAGAAGUUAUGAAAUCCUACAUGUUAUUUAAAGUAAUGCAAUCCAGUGUAAAGGAAGUUAGGAAGCAACAUUUACAUAUUUAUAAUUUUCUUGUGUUCCAGUUUAAGUCAUCUGUUCCCAUUUGUAAGCGGUUUAUUUAAACAGCCAUUGCCUUGAUGUCCACCACGAAGGGCUUCUCGGAUACAGAAAACCGGCGUUUCGUCUGCCAUUGCACUGCGCCUCCUCCUCUUCGCUUCUUGCCAAACAAUAUCACAAUCAGCAAAACACAACGAACCGACCAAAAACCCGGGAAUGGGCUUUGUAAAAGAAAAAGGAAAUCCCAUGUCACUUAGGACUUCUGUUUCUCUUUAUCUCCAGUUUUCCGGAAUACAUUCUGGAGUAGGGAAAUGGUUUCAAUCCUGAACCAAAGAAAUGAUCUAUCCUGAGUGAUUAAAUAGAUGUUUACUUUUGA